UAUCUCUGGAACUCUCCUGGUGCGGGGGGAGUAUUUGCGGGACUGGGAGCUGCUGUGGGAGAGACACUGUGCGGGGCGAGGAGAUGCGGCGGUCGGGACUUAGCCCCGGUGCUGGAGGAGAGCGGGUGCGGUCGAUGGAGUGGCGGACCUCCACGCCUUACUGGCGGGGCUAUGAGUCGCUGGAGCCCGGGUCUGGCCCCAGCCCGGCCCGCGUCAGCCCCAACCCGGCCCGCGUUAGCCCCAGCCCGGCCCGCAUUAGCCGGCUGCAGGAGAUGCAACAACUGCGGGCGCUGAAUGACCGCCUGGCCGUCUGUAUCGGGCAGAGUUGUGGGCUGGAGACGGAGCGGCGGGAGUUGCGGCGGCGACUGGCCCACAGCGCCGAGCGGGAGGGAACCCGCAGCCUCCUGGAGCAGCAGCUGGCGGACUGGCGGGGCCAGCGUGAAGCCGCGGCUGCGGAGCGGGCCCGUAUACAGCUGGAUCUGGGCAGCGUGCGGGAGGAGAACCGCCAGCUGCGGGACAGAACUGCAGCAAAGGAGUCUGAGUUGGAAUCUGCUUUAACGCUGUUGAGAGACCGGGAAUUGGCGCUGAAUUACAACAAAACACAGCUAACCACAUCACUGGGUGAGAAGAGGCAUUUGGAGAGUGAACUGCUGGAAGUCCAAGCUCAGCUGGCUAAUGCUAAUGCAAUCGUCCAUGACACCAAAACACAGCUGCAGGAUGAAAUGUUACGGAGAUGUGACCUGGAAAACAAAACGCAAGCAUUGCAGGUGCAGUUAGAUUUCCAGAACAGCCUCCACGAGAAGGAAAUGACUGAAGUCAAGAGAAAGCACGAAGUGCGGUGCAAAGAAACGGAGUUUGUUCGUCAGGUGGAAAAUGAGCGGCAGCUGAGCGAAGUUCUUCAGAAACUGAGGGGAGAUCAGUCUGAGCAAAUCAAACAGUACAGGGAGCAACUGGAGAGAAGCUUCCACACCAAGCUGGAAACUGCGCUGUUGGCCGCCGCCAAGGACAGUGACUUUGCCAGUGCUGCUAAGGAAGAAGCAGCAGAAGCUAAAGUGAGAACCCAGAGCCUGGUGUCUGAGCUCCAGCACUGCAGGCGUCAGAUUUCUGAGCUGAAGGCGGGUGUUCAGGACCGGGAGAUGGUGUUGGAUCGUGAGCGGGCCACUUGGCAGCAGAGGAUGGUGGCCAAGGAAGAGGUGAUUGGGGAAAUACGCAAGAAGGCGCAGGAGAAACUGGAGGAAUACGAGCAACUGCUCGACGUGAAACUGGCCUUGGACCUGGAAAUUAAUGCUUACAGGAAGAUGUUGGAGGGAGAGGAACAAAGGCUUGACUUGACUCCACGCUCCCUGGUCCAGAGCGUGGUAGCUUUACCGAGCCACGUCUCCACCCCGUGUGGGAAGAAAAGAAAGUUGUUUGAAACGGAGAUUGCUGCCUAUAAUUAUGAAAAAAGGGAACACACGCAUUCGAAAGCAAAGGUUAUUUUAGAUGAAAUUGACAAUGAAGGAAAAUUUGUCAAAUUAAGGAAUAUUUCCAAUAAGGAUCAACCAUUAAAAGGGUGGAUGAUAAGGAGAACAUUUGAAGAUUUGACACAGAUUGUGUACAGAUUCCCUGCACAUUUUACCCUUAAAGCCAAACAAACUGUGACUAUCUGGGCUGCAAAUCACGAUGGUGCCUCGAGCUCUUCAGUAGACUUGGUGUGUAAGGAACAGAGAUCGUGGGGAACUGGAGAUGUGAGACUAGUCCUUCUCAACGCCACUGGAGUGGAGAUGUCUACUUGGACUGCCGUGCAACUGCCUGGAACAUUGGAAGGGAAAUCUAGGGAAGAGGGGUCUGAUGGUUCUGUUGAGGGCACAAGUGGACUUGAAUAUAGUGCAACGAGUCAUGCUGGGAAUGAAGACUCGGGGUGCACCAUAAUGUGACGUCAGAGAAGAAUCCUCCAGCAGAUGAACAUAAUAGUCACAAGUUCACUUUAAUGAUUAUUGACUGACUUGGAAUGCUGAAAUAUUCCUUUCAGCAGAAAUGCAUUUGAAUUUAAAAACUGCUUAUUACAAGUGGCACUUUAAGUGAAAUAAUCAUAUCAUCAGAUGGUUUCUGUUGAUUCCACGCCCUACAAUGGUAAAUAGCCACUGUUCUUCACGCACCUUUUGAAAAUGCAUGGACUCAGUAAUUGAAGGUAGACACAAAAUGCUGGAGUAACUCAGCGGGACA